AUGACCCACAGUGCCAACUUGCAUGCAGCACCAUCUGCAGAGGAUGAAGGGGACAAUGUGGAGAAGGAGGUCAACUUCUUAUCAUCAGAAGAAGACAAUACAGAAGAUUCAGAUUCACACAGAGAGACACAAGAGGAUGGAAGCACGACAAUUGUGUUAAGCAAUGCUGAUGAUGAUGAUGACAGCAAUGUGAUCAUACUGAAAGAUAUAGAGUCACUGAAGCUUUCAUUGCACUUUGCUGCUGGCCAUAUGUCAGGGAAGGAACAGCAGGUGAUGGUGGAACGUACUCAGGGAGGGCGUGAUUCCUCACACACUGAUGUGGAUGAAGGAUGGGUGUUUAAAGUGCCAAAGAAUGUGAGGCUCACAGAUCGUCCAUUUGAUGAGGCUGAACAUCCAAGUAAUGAAAAAGGAGAAGUUAACGUUGAUCUUCUUUGUGCCAAGUUUGCACACUAUAUCGUUGAUCCUGAGCUAGAACUGCGACAAAUGCAAGAAUACUGA